AUGUCUGCAUCAGGGGGCUCAUCCAAACACCCCUCCCACUCCCUUCCACCCUCCUCCCUCCCCCGCACCCCACCGAUCCGAUCCCAGUCCGAAUCUCAAUCUCACUCCCAGUCCCCCUCCUCUGCCUCCUCCUACAUAUCCUAUCCGAUUACUCAUGUUGUUUCGGGAAUUUAUAGACGCCUAACAGAGCCCACCCCACCACGACCUGCCUCGAAAAAGCCUCCUCUGGACCCUAUGAGUGUAUCCGAAGUUUAUAACCCCCCAAUUCGCACGGCGUCCCCCUUCCAACCCCCUCCCUUAACCCCCUUAACACUCAAGGCCGCUGGAGGUGCCUCUCACAUUCUCCUCGCACAGUCCUUAGCAGAGGAAAUCCGGUUGCUGGUCCCUCCCCGCCUGCAGUUGCUGGACACUUGGCAGCUUGCCUAUAGCCUGGAUAGAGACGGGUCAAGUUUGGCAACUCUGUAUGAGAAGUGUAAGGCAUUUGCGAGCAGAAGUCAGAAAGCGGGCUAUGUACUUGUUGUGAAGGAUUCGUCGUCCGGGCCGGGGCUGGGUGGGAAUGGUGGGAAAGGUACAAAGGGUGCAGGAGGCAGUAGAGCUUCAGCUGCUGGUGGCGGAGCUCUCUUUGGCGCUUAUCUUACAGAUCCCCCGCAUCCUGCUUCACAUUAUUAUGGGACAGGAGAAUGUUUCCUUUGGCGGGCUAGUGUGUUGCCCUCUACUCCCAUGAUAUACAUGCGCACCACGGCUGCGACUACGACGACUAAAACGGACGACGGGAGGGGGAAGGGAAAAGAUAUUACUACCAGUGGAGUCCCGGAAAAUAUCGAACAUUCAUCGAAUAGUGGGAAUGUUGAUUUGGACCUGGUGGGGUUACCCUUGCCCCCCAGCGCGGAUACGACACAGUUACGGGGCAGGAGUACGACGUUAAGAGGUGAGAAGCGCAAUGGUGAGAAACAUACAAUUCAUGAUUGUAGUGUCCUUUCCGGACGUCAAGAGGGCUUGUCACUCCAUAACGAUAGUCGUGACUCCACCAGUGCCAGUGCCAGUGCCAGUAAAAGAAGGGAUGAGGAUGGCAGUUGCAGCAGACACGGGGUGGACUUGCUCUCCCCAGCUCAGUUGCAUAGUGCGUCUUUUGGUACAAUUGGCAAUGGUCAUGCUGGAGCUGGUGGUCAACAAUGUGCGCCGACUAACCUUUCAACAGGCAAUAGCCGAAGCGGAAGCGGGGCCACGUCACCGGAGCGGAUACGGUUCAAGGCGUUCCCAUAUAGCGGGGUCAAUGAUUAUAUGAUGUUCUGUGAGACGGGGUUUUUGAGUGUUGGGGGCGGAGAUGGGCACUAUGGGCUUUGGCUAGACGACUCGUUCGAGAAGGGCGUUAGCCACUCAUGUCCGACAUUUGGUAACGAGCCAUUGAGCGACGAAGGGACGAAAUUUGACGUCUUAGGCGUGGAGAUAUGGUAUCUUGGGUCUUAA